AUGCCUCACACCCGCUCCGUCUCCCCCGCGGUUCCCUCAACUUCCCAGGUCGAGGACGUCAAGCCCAUCCUCACCAAGACUUCCAACAAGAACCUUAAGAGUCGGAAGUGCGAUCCCGACUCUGACGAGGAUACCAAGCCCCCCAAGCGCAGCCGCACGACCACAACUAGCAACCCUGUGCCCCGCAACCGCCCUUGGACGGCAGACGACUACCUCGCCCUCUUCGAAGCCGUCACUAAGCACGGCGCCGGCGCCAAGGCCUUCUCUGUGGUGCCCGGCCGCACAGUCAGGCAGGCUGCCGGCGCGUGGCGUGACGUCGUGGGUCCGGCAUGCCGCGAGGCGCUGGUUGCUAAGGCUGCGAAGCGUCGUUAG